UUAUAAAUUCUGUCGCCGUUUUUUGUGAUGACAGCAGUAUAUAAAUUAAUUUUUCUAGCGCCUUCAGCAUUGAGUUCCUGACGAGCGCUCGCGCCGUACUAUGUGACCGUCGAAGAGGCUGCCCCAUUAAUUCUCAUUUUAAAUUUGUCUGCCGCGAUCAUCUGUGGCUUCGUAGAUAAAAUGUACAUAAAAUUAUAGUAUUGAAAAAUCUGGAUACAAACAUUUGUGUUAGAUAUUUUUUUUGAGAAUUUUUCUCAAUUGUUGCAGUUUGUGAUGGUGCUUAGAUUAUAAUAGAAAAUAGUACAUUGAUAUUAAAAUAAAAAAAACUCUGGAUCUUUUAACAAAAGUGCAAACAAGGAUACUGAAAACAAGAUGAAAACUAAAAAUAAGGAGCAUUCUUCAAAGCUGUCAAGUGAAAACAUUGAACAGACCAUUCCGCUGAAGAAUGAAAAAGGCGAUAUGAAAAAACUUACAAUUUUUCAGAAGAUCAAGGAAUUCAAAGACAACAUAACAGUCGAACCGGUUGUUUCGAUUUUUAUGAUAGCGAGUGUGAUUGCGAUGACUGGUGUCCAGAACCUCAAUUUGGAAAAAGCAUGCAGGGUGAACUUGAAGUAUAACGACAGCGUGUGUACUGCGCUGAAGCUGAGACAGCGUGACGAACUGAGCGAGGCGGAGGAUGGAGUUCAGAUGGUGGUGGCGUCAGUGGAGGCUUGGAAGAGCGUCAUCGCGACAGUAUUUCCCAUCAUCAUGAUGAUGUUCAUCGGCGCGUGGAGCGACAAGAUGGGCAAACGGAAAGUGUGCAUGCUGAUGCCGAUAUCGGGGGAGUUGUUCACUUGCAUUAUCGACAUGGUGAACACGUACUUCUUCGAUAUAGUCCCAGUGGAAUGGACGGCGUUUCUGGCGACGAUCUUCCUGUCGAUCACCGGAGGAUGGUACGUCAUGUUCCUCGGAUCGUAUAGCUACUUGGGCGAUAUAACGUCGGAGCAUACGAGGACGUUCAGGAUGGGAGUGCUGACCCUGGGGCUGUCGAUCUCAUUCCCCGUAGGAAUGGGAGUGAGUGGGGUUCUGUUGCGGUACACUGGAUAUUUUGGAGUGUUCGGAAUAGCUGCGGUCCUCCAGCUCCUGAUUUUACUAUACGUAUGCUAUCGCAUUCAAGAUAACGCCGAACAUAAAAAUAUAUCUAAGGCCAAACGUUCAGGAAUCGUGGGAUUCAUCUUAGAUUUUUUCAAUUUUGAAAGCUUAAAGGAAAUAUUGAAAAUAGUUUUUAAGAAGGCUCCCAAUAAUCGACGAAUGAAAUUAUGCCUGAUAAUGGUAGCCGUGUGUCUUGUCCAUGGUGGAAUUUGGGGUGAGGUGUCAAUAGCGUAUAUACUAUGUCGAUAUCGCUUUAACUGGGACGAGCUGAAGUGGAGUAUCUUCUCAUCGUACAAUCUUAGCUUACAUUCUUUUGGAACCCUGUUCUCAAUAAUUCUGUUUACAAAGAAGCUGAAGAUAGAUGACUCUACAUUGGGUAUAAUAGCGAUGUUGAGUCGAAUAUUGGGAGCACUGGUUUGGACCUUUGCUAGAAAUGACGUCGAGGUGUUUUUGGGACCCAUCGCGGCGUUCUUUGACGGUACAAUGGUCAUCACCUUGAGAGCCAUCACUUCAAAGUUGGUGUCCAGCCAAGAGUUAGGCAAAGUGUUCUCUCUGUUCGGUCUCUUCGAGAUCCUGAUGAUGCUGAUCUUCGUGCCGAUCUACUCGCGCGUGUACAUGGCGACGCUGCACGUCAUGCCGGGAGCCGUCUACCUCCUGACAGUCUCCAUCUCCGUGCCCGCUUUAUUUAUUUACAUAUGGUUCUUCCGGGACUACAAAAGACAGGCGAGGAAUGCUGCUUUGAACGCCGACUGUGCUGAGGAAGCAAUCAUAAAAUAAUAUUAUUAUGUUUUUAUUAGUUAGGUAGGUCAUUUUCAAUGAGUUAUGCCUGUUUUCACCAACGGUCUCCUAACGCUAAGUGUUCCCUAGCGAUC